UCUUUUCUCCACAAAUACCUCAACCUCUGGGAGACAAAACGUGCUAUCCCUCCCUGCCUCUAACAUUGCCUGGGGCUGCUCUGUGUAUAUAUAAAAGGUAAAGGGACCCCUGACCAUUAGGUCCAGUCGUGGCCGACUCUGGGGUUACGGCGCUCAUCUCGCUUUAUUGGCCGAGGGAGCCGGCGUACAGCUUCCGGGUCAUGUGGCCAGCAUGACUCAGCCACUUCUGGUGAACCAGAGCAGCACAUGGAAAUGCCGUUUACCUUCCCGCCAGAGCAGUACCUAUUUAUCUACUUGCACUUGACAUGCUUUCGAACUGCUAGGUUGGCAGGAGCUGGGACCGAGCAACGGGAGCUCACCCCGUCACGGGGAUUCAAACCGCCGACCUUCCGAUCGGCAAAUCCUAGGCUCUGUGGUUUAACCCACAGCGCCACCCACGUCCCUCUGUGUAUAUAUAAAAAGCAACAAAAUAAUCAUAGCAAUAAUAAUGUAUUAAUGCAAGAGAGGUAUUGCCACCCACUGGUAUUGGACAGCUGGAUACCUCCACGUAUAUAUUUAAGGCUACAGCCCUGUACAGUAUGAAUUUACCUGGGAGUAAGUCUCAGUGAACUUAACAACAUUUUCUUAUGAGUAGGCACAUAUAAGGCUUGCACAUUCUGACCUGAGCAGGGCUUAAUCCCAGGUCAGCAGGCAUGGAGUUGUGAUCCUGUUUUACAGAUCGCAGCCUAGCAACCUGAUUUAGUGCAAACAUACUAGGGAGUAGGUUUAGGAGUGCUUACCUUUAAUAUAUUUAUUGCUUAUACAUUAUUAUUUAUUAACUAUAUUGUGAAAAAUUUAAUUAACAAUAUGGAAAUUUAAUUCAGUAUGUGGCCUGCCAGGUUCUGUGUCAAAGUACUUUUGUGGCUCACGUGGUUAGAGAGGUUGGACCACCCUAGUUUACAGUAAGGUUUCUCACCAGAUAAUGUGUGCCACUAAUUCCAGCGUCAAAUUAUGUAUAAGACUGGCAACCACAUAUUCUUCGUUACUUAUCUGCCUUGUUCACAUGUAAAAUGGUGGUGAGGCCUGAUUUUAGCCCAUAAUGGUAGGUGCAGCAUUUUUCCUAUGGAAAUUUUCUACUACUAUAUUUCUUCACAAAAAAGUGUUUUUAACUCUGCUGGGGGUUCUCUCCCUCUGGAGAGUGUGCAAAGCCCUGCAUUUUGACUCUAAGCACCCAGCUGAUACGUUUGUUAAUUACCCACAUGUGUGUCAGAUCUAUUUUUCACCUUCACAUACAAGUCUGUUUCAAAAAUCUGUACAGUACAGUAUUGUAAGAAGUUUGGGGUUUCCUAGAAAUUCAUGAAUCGUUCCUCAAUAAUGCUAAUGGCAAGAUAACCUACAAGAUAGCUUUGUCCACUGCUGUUGAUUUUCUGUGUAAUGUACAGUUUCAUUCUCCGUUCAAAUGUUUUGAGUCACUUUAAGCUGGAAGUUGAUCUAGCUAAGUCAUAUUCAGAGUAGGCACUUUUACAUCAAUGGACUUGUUACUAAAGUUCUGAACUGGCCUAAUUCAGACAUCUUUAGUUAUUAUAUAAAUAUGCAUGUGAAAUGGGAACAGACUGGAAAAAGUGGUAUAUACAUUUUAGAAAUAAAUAAUUUGCACCACUCUAAUGUAUUGUGGGGUCCAUUAAAUAUUGUUUAUCAUGUGUGCAGUUUUGCUGAUACCAUGGUAUCAACUGACCCUCCCAAAUAUUCUGUUAUUAUGGCACUUUUACUAUCUGUGUUAUUCCUUUUGUAAUCAGAAUAUUUGUUUGUUCCCAGUGCAAGAAGAUGCCAAAUUUUUCUUUUUCAACGGCUAGUAAUUUCCUUCGGUUUACUCCUGAGACCUUGGAUCAAAUUAAAAAGAGAAUUGCUGAGAAGAAAGCAAAGCAUGCCAAGGCCACAGAGGAGGGCAAUAGUCAAGAGCAAGAAGAAAAUAUUCAACCACAGCUUGAUCUGAAAGUUUUUAAAAAGCUACCUAUUCUAUAUGGAAAACCCCCUCCUUGGCUCAUUGGAGAACCACUGGAAGAUGUUGACCCCUAUUACAAGGAUCGUGAGACUUUUAUGGUGCUAUCAGCCAGGAACAGAAUCUUUCGGUUUUCUGCCACCAAAGCCUUGUUUUUUUUCAGUCCUUUCCAUCCACUGAGAAGACUAGCUGUGAAAAUUUUGAUACACACAUAUCCUUCCAAUGGGUUUCCUUCAUUCUUAAUCUCUUAUACAGAAUCACAGAGAACUGUUAGUUAUAUAUGUAUAUAUGAACUUUAAUAAAUAUUUCUUAGGAUUCUGGAGAGCGAAAAGGUGUGUCCCAAUAAAAUAUUAUGUGGAGGUAUAGUGAGUAGGUUUUUCUUUAUGUUCCAUGGUUAUCUGUUUGAAUUUGAAAUGAAGUUUAUUUUAGGUUAGAUUAACUAUUGACCAUUGAGGUUAACUCCCACUCACUCACCCUCAUUUUCUGUAAUAUUUGACUGGAUUCACAGGUUUGACGAAUCAUUUAUUCUAUUUUUAAUAUUUUGUUGGAAGCCACCCAGAGUGGCUGGGGAGACAUGGGUGGGGUACAAAUAUUUAUUUAUAUAUUUAUUUAUUUAUUAUCCUGUGUUCUGCAACUUUGCUAUGGUCCACUACUGCGGUUGAAAACAAAAUUUCAACUGUGUUACUAAGAAGAAAGAGCACAAUUUAUUAUUUAGACCUACAGAAGAUUAGAUGAAAUGUAGGCUAGCCCAGAGCCCCUUGCAAUUUGCAGUGACAGAUAUAAUCAGCUGGUGCUCAGCAGGUUGAAGAUAUCCAUGUCCUUUCUGUGCUUGAACACAUGGCUUAUAAUUAUCUGUUUUGUUUAGAUACCUUUUUGGACUGCCUGUAUUAAUUUAUAUGUUUAAAUCAGGAUUGAUGGAAUAUUACUAUUCUUAAUGUCACCUGACAAUGUUUAUUAUUAUUAUUUGCUUUUCUCUUUUUUUCUAUUAUGCUCACAAAUUAAAAACUGAAAUAAAAAAAGAAAAUGAGAUGGUGCAAAUGCACCUUUAGGAAAACUGACCACCAGCCAUUCUCCUGUGGUGAGUCCAUACAAUAUGAGAGCCACUUGUUUUGCUGGCCCUGUAUAUUAAGAUCCCUUGUCUUGCAGUCAUGUUUCAUACUAUAGCUAAAUGAUCAGAGCUAGUGUAACACGAUCCCUUCACCUCAAAACAUACAACCCCAAAUUAUAAACAGUACAUGCCCCAAGUGUGCAGCUGUAGGCUAGAAAUUGGUUUGCUUAUGCAACUUUGUUCCAUAUUCCCUUCACUUCACCCAGAAGUUCAUACCCAUCUUUAAUACCUUGGUUUAUUCUGUACUGGACACACUAGCCCUGUUUUGAAGGUAUGAAAUGUGCAGGUAAGGAGGGGAGCUUUCCUACACUCAACAUCCAUACAGGCAGCAGAAGGUCUGAAUGUUGUGGUGUUGGGCAUAUGGUGGGCUGGCCUGAUUUGGACUAUGACUAAAAGUGGCAACCAUUGCCCCACUGGCGUACAAAGGGGCACCAUUUGGGGAAAGGGUGCCAUUGUGGCCACCACCCCGGGACGCGUGCCGCAUGCUGCACAACCACGGACGUGCAUCACACCCCCGCGGGUGACACGCCACGCCCCCUAUAUCUUCUUUUGUACCUUCAAGAGCUCUUGUUUGGGUUAGACAUGGAUCUUGUUUGUUGUUGUUGUUUAGUCGUUUAGUCGUGUCCGACUCUUCAUGACCCCAUGGACCAGAGCACGCCAGGCACUCCUGUCUUCCACUGCCUCCCGCAGUUUGGUCAAACUCAUGCUGGUAGCUUCGAGAACACUGUCCAACCAUCUUGUCCUCUGUCGUCUCCUUCUCCUUGUGCCCUCCAUCUUCCCCAACAUCAGGGUCUUUUCCAGGGAGUCUUCUCUUCUCAUGAGGUGGCCAAAGUCUUGGAGCCUCAGCUUCAGGAUCUGUCCUUCCAGUGAGCACUCAGGGCUGAGUUCCUUAAGAAUGGAUAGGUUUGUUCUUCUUGCAGUCUAUGGGACUCUCAAGAGUCUCCUCCAGCACCAUAAUUCAGAAGCAUCAAUUCUUUGGUUACCCAGAGAAUAAAGGCAAGAUUGUCUACUGUUAAAAGGCUGAAAGGAGAUUUCUUCCGAUCUACCUCAAGUGCUUGAAAAUGUGCACGGGAACUACCUUGUAUCAGUCCUGAUGCUGACUAUAGCUUAAGGUUCAUAACAGUUACUAUGCUGAAUAAAGAAGAAACAAGCAAAGUUAAGCUAAAGAAAAUGCAUUAUUUUCAGAGUUUUCCUUUUAAUUUAAGAGCAUGAUAGUAAGUAGCAUUCAUCACAUUUAUUUUGGUUACUCAUAUUUUACCACAAACUGUUGAAUAUUUAUUUGUUUGUUUAAUUUAUAUACCACUUUAUACUUGGAGGUAUACCCCUUAUUUUUCAAUGAAACACUAUUUCCUUAACACAUCAUGUACAUUAUUCAUAGCAUUCAUAACGUGUGUGGUUCUCAUUAACUGUAUUUUUAUGACUUUAAACAAGCCUCCAGAAAAUUACCAAAUCGCUGAGUAUAUUUUCACAGUUAUUUAUACAGUUGAAUUUGCAGUAAAAAUAGUUGCAAGGGGAUUUGUUUUGAAUGAAUUCACCUAUCUUCGAGAUCCCUGGAACGUUUUGGAUUUAUUUGUUUUAAUUAUGACGUAUGCAGCUUUGGCUCUGCCUUUUAGUAGCAUUUCAGCUAUCCGAAUUUUCAGGGUUCUGAGAACUUUAAAAGCUGUUUCUGUAAUCCCAGGACUAAAAGUCAUUAUAGCUUCACUUCUUCAGUCUGUCAAGAAGCUUGCCAAUGUGAUGCUGUUGACUGUUUUCUGCUUGGCUGUCUUUGCCCUGGUUGGCCUCCAACUCUUCAUGGGCAACUUAAAAUAUAAAUGUGUCCAUGCUUCUUACUUGAAUAAUAGCAUCAUCAAGGAGGAGUCAUGCACAUUAAAGGAUUCAGAAGUAUAUCAGAAAAAGAAUUCUUCUACUGAUGUAUUGCUGUGUGGAUACACCUCACAUCCCAAUGAAACUGAAUGUAAAAACGGAACCUAUUAUUGUGUGAAACAUGGAGAAAAUCCUGAUGAUGGAUACACCAGUUUCGAUCAUUUUGGAUGGGCCUUUCUAUCAUUGUUCCGACUGAUGACACAGGAUAGUUGGGAAAUCCUCUAUCGGCAGGUUAUCAGAACAUCUGGGAAAUCUUACUGCAUCUUUUUUGUGAUAAUCAUCUUUUUGUGCUCAUUUUAUCUAUUUAAUUUAAUCCUGGCUGUUGUAACAAUGGCAUAUGAAGAGCAAAACAAAGCAACACUUGCACACACAAAGGCAAGGGAGAUGUUACUUCGUGAAGCAAAAGAACUACUAAAAAAGGAAAAGGAGUUGGCUUCCCAAAGACAAAUUGCAUCCUUGGAUGAAAACACUGAAAUGUCAAGUGUGGAAUUCAAAAAUAAAAAAUUGAGGAAAAGCAAGAGGAAGAAGAAAACGAAAGACAAAGAGCCAAAAACUUAUGGAGAAGAUGAAACCCUGUUUUAUACACCACCUGAUAAAAGUCAAAAGGAGCUUAAGGAGCUGUUAAUGUCCUAUCACCUACCCGUUGACACUCCUGAUGAUCCAUUUCAAAGACAACGGUUAACAAGUGCUGCUAAUGUCAUCAGCAAAACCAUGGAAUGGGAAGAAUCAAAACUGGAAUUCCCUCCAUGCUUGAAAACUGCUGCCCAUAAGUAUCUCAUCUGGCAAUGUUGCCCACUCUGGUUGCAAAUAAAGAAAAUGGUGAAGAAAGUAAUGAUAAACCCUUUUGCUGAACUAUUUAUUACUCUGUGUAUUAUAGUGAAUACUGUUUUAAUGACAUUCGAAAGAGUUCCAGAAACAAAGAACAUGGUUUCCACAGGAAACAAAGUUUUCACUGCCAUUUUUACAGCUGAAAUGGUCCUCAAAAUAAUUGCUCUUGAUCCCUACUACUAUUUUCAAGAGGCUUGGAAUAUUUUUGACUGCCUUUUGGCUGUUUUAGGUAUAAUAAGCUUGGUCACAAGGCGUCCCCUAUCAAUUUUCAGAAUGCUGAGAAUUUUCAAAUUGUCCAAGUUUUGGCCAGCAUUAAAUAAGCUCAUGAAAAUAAUGUGGAAAUCAGUGGGCCCACUAAGCAACCUCACACUUGUUCUGAUUUUUACCGUAUUCAUUUUUGCUGUGGUUGGCAAGCAGGGCUUUAGCCAAAGUUACAAAACAUUUCGAGAAAGAUGUGAGAACCAAACGCAAAUCUGUAACAGUGACAGUACUGAUGCCACCCAUAAAUGUAAAUUACGAUGGCAUAUGGAAGACUUCUUACAUUCAUUCCUUGUUAUAUUCCGAAUUCUCUGUGGAGAAUGGAUCGAAACGAUGUGGGGCUGUAUGAAAGCUGCUGGGGAAGGAUGGUGCAUUUUUCUGUUCAUGCUGGUCCUGCUUUUAGGAAACCUAGUGGUCCUCAACCUCUUUAUCGCUUUACUCCUGAGUUCCUUCAGUAGCAGUGAUUCAGAAACUGAGGUAGAUGAAGAGCAAGCUAAGCCUCAUGUGAUCCUUGCUCACAGGGGGUUGCAAUUUGUCAAACAUCUGCUGUGGAACCGCUGUUGCAAUGCACUUGUGCAAAAGCUGAAGAAGGCAAGAACCAAGACCAAGGAGGUGACCAUCCCAAAGGACGGUGGCACUGAGCCAAGGAAAGGGGUCCAGGAAAAUUAUGCUAGUGGUAAACAUUUGGAGAAGCUGCCGGUGGAUCAUUUUAUGACAGACUUUAAUACAUUUGUCUGUGCUCCCCUUGCUGAAAUGGAGACUUUUGGUGAGGAAGAAAUUGAUUGCAGCAAAGAGGAGAACAACUUGCAAAAGAGAAGAGAGAAAUUCAAAAGGUCAAGACAAAUGCUGUCUUCUGAUAUUUCCAAAAGUACCAAUGUUUGGUCUUUGAAUGUUCCUAAGAGCAUGGAUCUUGAGAGCAGCUGUUCUGAGGCCAGCACGGUAGAUGAGAGGUCUCCCAUCUGCAUUUUCCCUGUAGUCAAGAAGGAGCCUGUGGCCUGUUUUCCACAAGUGUUGGUCAAGUUCUUCCCAUGUUGCACAGUGAAUACUGAUAAAUUUCCAGGCAACACUUGGUGGAGGUUUAGAAAAACCUGCUACAGAAUUGUAAAACAUAGUUGGUUUGAAUCUUUUAUCAUAUUUAUGAUAUUACUGAGCAGUGGUGUUCUGAUCUUUGAAGACAUCUACCUUGCUGAGAGAAAGACCAUAAAAAUCAUACUGGAAUAUGCAGAUAUAUUUUUCUUCUACAUCUUUUUCCUGGAGAUGCUUCUGAAAUGGGUGGCUUAUGGCUUCAGAAAAUAUUUCACCAAUGCUUGGUGUUGGCUUGAUUUCUUUAUUGUAUGUGUUUCCUUUCCUGCAAAAACAGUUGGAACAAAGGGAAGAGAUCUGUGUGAUAGCCAUAUCUCCACAAAAUCUCUCAGAACUUUAAGAGCCCUGAGACCUCUUCGUGCAUUGUCCAGAUUUAAAGGGAUAAAGGUUGUAGUGAAUGCACUCGCAGGAGCUGUCCCUUCGAUCGGGAAUGUGCUGCUUGUCUGUGUUGUUCUCUGGCUCCCAUUUAACAUCCUAGGAGUACAACUGUUUGGAGGAAAAUUUUCGAAAUGCAGUAAUGCAUCUUUAAAAAAUAAAAAUGUCUGUGAAAGUCAGAAUUCCAAAUGGAGUAAUACGAAUGUCAACUUUGAUCAUGUUGGGAUGGGGUAUCUGGCUCUCCUCCAGGUGGCAACCUUUAAGGGCUGGAUGGAGAUUAUGUAUGCUGCAGUAGAUGCACCUUCAAAAGAAAAUGAAGACCCAAGUUUUGAAAAUAAUGUGUGGGCAUAUCUCUAUUUUGUGGCUUUUAUCAUAUUUGGAUCGUUCUUCAUGCUAAACCUCUUCAUUGGAGUUGUUAUUGACAAUUUCAACCAACAAAGGAAAAAGAUAAGUGGAGAACUCAUUUUUAUGUCAGACGAACAGAAGAAAUAUUAUAACGCAUUAAAAAAACUUGGUAACAAGAAACCACUUAAGCCCGUUCCACGGCCGCAGAACAUGUACCAAGGACUUCUUUUUGACAUUGUAAACAAGAAAGCAUUUGAUAUUUUCAUUAUAAGUCUAAUUUUAUUGAAUGUGGUGAUCAUGGCAGCAGAACAUGAAGACGAAGGGGAAGCUGUUAAGAGCCUUCUUGAAAAUAUAAAUCUUGUAUUUGUCGCUAUCUUUACUGGAGAGUGCAUCAUCAAAAUGUUGGCUUUGAGACUGUAUUUCUUCAAAGACGGUUGGAAUAUAUUUGAUUUUGUGGUUGUGAUUCUUUCAAUACUUAGUUCUGCAGCUGGACAACUUCGAAAAGCAAUUGAUUUCCCUCCUACAAUCCUGAGAAUAAUUCGAGUAGCCCGUGUUAGUCGACUACUGAGACUUAUCAGAGGAGCCAGAGGGCUUCGGACCCUCCUUUUUGCAUUACUGAUGUCCCUUCCUUCUCUCACCAACAUUGGGCUUCUCCUUUUUCUGAUCAUGUUUAUUUAUGCUAUUUUUGGUAUGUCUAACUUCGCCUGUGCAAGUUGGCAAGGUGGGAUUGACAACAUUUUCAACUUCCAAACCUUUGGCAGCAGUAUGCUUUGUCUCUUCCAAAUAACAACAUCUGCUGGCUGGCAUGACCUUCUCAACCCAAUGCUGAACACUGAGAACAUCACUUGUGCUCCCAAUUUAGGUGGAAAUGGUCCCUGCGUAAACAGGAGUGUGGCGAUUGCCUAUUUUGUAAGCUACAUCAUUAUAUCAUUCCUCAUUGUAGUUAACAUGUACAUUGCUGUCAUCAUAGAGAACUUGAAUGUUGCCACGGAGGAAAGCACAGAACCUCUAGGUGACGAUGAUUUUGAAAUUUUUUAUGAGAUUUGGGCAAAAUUUGAUCCUCGCGCAACCCAAUUUAUUUCUUACUUCGCACUUUCAGACUUUGCUGAUGCUCUAGCAGAACCUUUACGCAUACCCAAACCAAACAGGCAACAGCUGAUGUUAAUGGACCUUCCUAUGGUAAACGGAAAUAAAAUCCACUGCUUGGAUAUUUUGUUUGCUUUUACCAAAAGGGUAUUGGGAGAAUACGGGGACAUGGGUCCACUUGAGACCCAGAUAGAAGAAAAGUAUCCAGAGAAGAUUGCCAAUGAACCCAUUAUAACGACUCCCAAGCGAAAAGAGGAGGAAUCUGCUGCCAUUAUCCAGAGGGCUUUCAGGAUGUAUCUCCUUCACCAAGCAGCGAAAGAAGUCUGUCAGGAAACCUGCAACAGCCCCCCCUUGGAACGCAUACAUGAGGAGGAAGGUGGGUUUGCAGUCACACUUAGUGAAAACGAAGACAGUCAGUCAAGUAACUCCCACAGCCCAUCUCCCGUAUCUAUUCCUCCAUCUUACAGUAAUGUCACAGGCACCACUAAUGACAUUAUUCAAGUGACGAUCACAGACACUAGUGAACCCAAGUGAUUUACAGUUCGCUAUUUUUCUUGUUGCAAUACAAUUUUCCAGGAAGUGUAACACUACAAAAAUAUUUCCAUCAUUAUAGCCACCUUUAUUUAACACUUUUAACUGUGAAGCUUUCCCAUUUGUGUAUCCUCUUGAUGCUCUUAGCAGGAAUAAAUAUUGCAACUGGAAAGUCUUCAAUAAUAAUUAAAGGAGAAAAGAUGUGUACUUUUACUGCUUAGCUUUAUUAACUGAUUAGUUAGCAUGUUAUUUUGGUAGCUGUUGGGGCCACCAUCAAAAAACAUGAGCCAUGGACUCCUCUUUAUCUAUGAAUGCUUUGUGGUUACUCCCCCCCCCCUUUAUUCAAAAAUACAUUUUGGGACCAGGAAAGAGUCCAGUUGCCCAGAAUAGUUUAUCAUGAGACAUGGGCCUUGUGGUGCAACAUGGCUACAACAAAUUGUCAGAUUCAGCUCCUUUGCAGAGAGAGACAAAGCAAAGGUGACCUGUAGCCAGUAAAAGCUGGUCUUCUAAUUUUACAGACUGGCUAGUAAACCAUACCUGGAGGUUUUUGUACAGAUCAAGGAGCGUCACCUGACUUGCUCUAUUUUGUGACUGGUCUCUCCUGUUCAUUAUUUGGCCAGAGCUUGCUGAUAGUGCACAGAUUCAAUCCCUGAAUGACAUCCUUCAGGUAACCAGUUCAAGAUAUGUUGUGGUUGUUUAAAACUGUUUUAAAUAAGUAUCAGAGAAGGCAUGGUGAGUCAAUCCAUUUGAGUCUAAAUUAAUUCUUAUUGAAUAUAUCAUGGCUGCCCCUCCCAUUACAUGCCCACACAUGGAAGUAAUUUUUAUACUAUGUAACUGUUAAAUUGUGUGUGGGAAAUUAUAAUUCCUGCAAAACACUACAGCAAUCACGUAUUUCUACUCAUACAAGUCAGGCUGCAUAUAUUCACACAAUGUUUUAAAGUAAGUGGGAUUACUUACAUCAAUGUGAUACAUAUGUACACAUACUGCACAAGUAAGCAAACAAAUGUACCUGCCUAAUGUAUAUUAUAAAAUGAUAUUUCACAAACUAUAGCAAUUAAAU